CUCGCCCCUGAUGAGAACGCAGUCCUCGUUGUCUGUUAAGAAUGUUGGUUCUCCGUACUGCCAGCUGGUGAAGGCGACGUCGGUCGAGUCGCUCCACUCGAACAGGCCCUCGGUCCUCUUAUCGUUUAAGCCGAUCCAAAGCUCGUCGGUGGAGGCUGCGGACGUCUGUUUUGUCAGCACAUCCUCGUGCCCCGAUGGAACGUUUAAGUGCACGACUGGAGAAUGCCUUGAUGCUGGAGUUGUUUGCGACUUCAAAAAAGACUGCGAUGACGGUUCAGAUGAAGCCUUUUGCGGCUCGUGCGAUUUUGAGGAUCACCAGUGUGGUUGGAACAGCACCACAUUUUACCCUUGGACGAGGCAGUGGGCAAACGUCACCUCGAUACCUGGACAGGACCAUACUUCAGGGAGCCCGUGGGGGCACGUCAUGUCUAUUGACGGCAAAGAAAAGUGUGGAUUUCUUGCAUCGGCAGUUUUGGAAUAUUCCAUGGAGAAAACGCCAGCCGUGGGCUGCCAGCUCAGCUUCUGGUACUACAUUCAUUAUGAAAGCUUCCCCUUAUUAUCCUCACCCAUUGACGUAAUCAUGGUUCGAGGGACGGAUAAGUACGAACUGCUGGAGACAGAGGGGAUAACGAAGGCCUGGCAGAAUGUCCGGACUGUCCUAGGAAAUCGCCCUGGAGGGUACAAGCUCCAGUUUUCCUACAAUUGUCCUUACUAUGAACCCACGACGGUAAUGCUGGACGACGUCAGCUUCCAAAAGUGUGCAGAGGGCGACAUCCCUGAUGGGUUCGAGCAGCUCUCCUGCCAUUUUGAAGAAGACACCUGUUCCUGGUUCCACGAUUACACUGCCAGCAUCCUGUGGAAGCGGGUAUCAGGAGGAUUCCAAUACCCAGAAGGCAAUGGCUAUUACAUGCUCAUAUCCAGCAGACAGAGCCAGAACAUCUCAGCUACAGCAAGACUGGUCGGCUUCGCUGUGGGCCGUGUCAUAUGCGUGAGCUUUCACUACCACAUUUUUGGCAGCAGCAUUGGUUCAUUGAAGUUCAUUGUUAAGCGCCAAGGGGAAGCAGAGGACGUUGUGUGGAUCAGGAGUGGUACUCAGGGAAACAAAUGGAGAUUUGCUGAUCUGGCCUUUUCCAGCGAAAACCCAAUACAGUUCAUCAUUGAAGCCGUGGUGGGGGGUAAGCAAGGCACCAUCUCCAUAGACGACAUCGUCGUGUCUAGUAAGGAGAGUGGCUCAUGUCCACCCGACCGUGAGUGCACCUUCCAGGGCUCCUUCUGUGGUCUGCAACACGUCCCAUCCGCUGACUUCAGCUGGAGUCGAAUCACCGGGGCAUCCCAGCCUGCCAACUCCUCGGGUCCCCACACAGAUCACACCCUGGAAACGGAGCACGGCUAUUACCUCAGCGCUCAGUUGUGGAGACACUCACCAGGCUCCCGAGGCCAAAUAGUGACUGCACUGGUGGACUCCACCCCCGCUGACGGGGAAUGCAUCAUGUUCUGGUACUUCAUGGAGGGAAAAGGUGUGGGCCACCUCAACGUUUACCUUUUAACUGCUGACACUUCCGUCAAGCUGUGGAGCAGAAGCGGAAAUCAAGGAACCCGCUGGAGGCACGGACGAGUGUCCCUUCUUAGCCUUGGACCUUAUCAGGUGAUGUUUGAAGCAGUGGCAGGUGAUGGGCGGAAGAGAGAUAUCGCCAUCGAUGAUAUGACUGUUCAGAAUGGGGUGUGUCCUCCUGAAGGUUUUUGUGACUUUGAAACAGAUUUUUGCGGUUGGGUGAACAACCCUCCGGCAGAGUCCGGGAUCGACUGGGACUGGCUUUCCGGAACCGAAGGAGGCUCUUUUGUCCCACCUAUGGAUCACUCCACAGACUCCUCUCUUGGCCACUUUGUGUUGUUUAGGUCCUCCGAGCUUGAUAAAGAGGUCGUGGCUCGACUGGAGAGCGAGUGGCUCGAGGGUGUGGACCAAGCUUGUCUUGAGCUCUGGCACUGGGCCGACAGCUGGUUUGGCAACAAACCAUCAUAUGUUAAUCUGACUGUAUUUGUGAACGAGACUUCUGGCCUGCGUCAGAUAUGGAGCACAAGUGGAUUCAUCAAUUAUACAUGGAUCCAGGACAAGGUCGAUUACAGUGCAUCGGGCCCUCACCAGAUUAUCUUGCAAGCCACCACUCAAAACUCACAUUCAGCCUUUUCCCUUGAUGACGUCCACAUCAUAAAGAAUAAGUCAUGUCAUGGUGUUAUCCCCACGACCACCCCGUAUCCCGCCACCACCACCGCUACCCCAGACUCUGGCGUGCACUGCACUUUUGAAGAAGACCUGUGUAACUGGCUCCACGAGGUCAACGAUGACUUCAACUGGACUCUCAGUAGAGGCCUGGAAGUUGACGGGCCAUGGAACGGACCACUGUACGAUCACACUGUAGGAAAUAACCAAGGGUUUUAUUUACUUAUAAAUGGCUCUGGAUUCAGUGCAAGUGAGAGGGCGAGCAUCUCUGCUGAUGUCAGCCUUUCAACGUCGAAAAUCUGCGUUGGGUUCUGGUAUUACAUGUUGGGCCCGUCGGUGUCCAGGAUUGAUCUGCGAGUUGAGACAAACUCCUCCAAAGUGUUGGUUUGGACUCGCAGAGGGACGCAGAAUCCAGAAUGGAUCAAUGCACAAGUAACCAUCAACAUGGAGGAAAUGAUACGGUUGAUCUUCACCGGCCAGAGAAACAGUCACAGCGAGGGAUUUCUUGCGCUGGAUGACGUCACUGUGAGCAGUGGGGCCUGCGAGAAGCAAACUGUCUGUGGGUUUGAUUCUGACCGGUGCGGAUUUGAGAACGAUGUGGGUCACGUGGGUCAGUGGGGACGUGAGAGAGGCACGAAAGACAACGUGGAUCACACCUAUGGAACCGAGACUGGUUACUAUAUGACUGUCUUCAACUCAAAUACUGAACAACUCGAAAUCGCUCAGCUGUUGUCCCCCGUCUUCAACUCACCCGUGGAGAUGUGCGCGCGGUUCUGGUAUCGCUUGCCCGCUGGAGCAUCAAAUAUGCUGUCGGUCUUUGUGUGGAGUAAUGAACUGGGUGAGCCCCUUUGGCAGCGGUCUGGAUCUCCCUCUUUGGCUUGGGAGGUGGCAGAAGUUACUGUAUUUUGGCCAACAAAGUUCCAUGUGGUGUUUCAGGCAUUCCACGAAGCAGGCAUGAAUUCCACGGUCAAACUCGAUGAUUUUUCUGUGACGAAAGGAGCCUGCAAUCCCAUGGCCAACUGUGACUUUGAAGCGGGACCCUGCAACUGGCUCAACACGCCCACUGAAGACGGACAUCGCUGGGUGCUGGCCACAGGGGGCUUCCAUGGUCCACCAGCGGACCACACCACUGAAUCACCGGAAGGUCAUUUCUUGUUGAGCUUAUCGCCACACGCGACCAGUCGCAGUGUGGCUCAGGUAGCAUCCGAAUGGAUCCGACUCAAAGACGGCCCAGCCUGCCUCACCCUGUGGUACUAUAUGGAUGGCAGUGAAUCUGGGACCUUGCGUGUCUUGGUCCGCUCAGACCUGCCUGAGGACGAGGUAACGUUCCGGAUUAACAGCAGCAGCGGACACAACUGGAAGAGCUUCUCUCAAAGUUUAAACCAAAGCAAACCUUUCCAGUUACUGAUCAAAGCAGAGACAAACAAAGGAUACUUCUUUGCCAUCGACGACAUCAGUGUCACGCCAGGUUCUUGUCAAGUGAAUGAAACGACCCCGACGUUCGUGGGCUGCACAUUUGAAAACGACACAUGCGGAUGGGAGGACAUCAGUGUUGGCCAGGGUCAGUGGGAAAGAGGGAGGAACGCCACUGGGAACGCUGGACCAUCUGUUGAUCACACGUUGGGCACAGCGCUUGGGUGGUACGUCUCGGUGACCCCGUACCACGGUGACCACAUAAGUCCCGCUGCCUUGAAAAGUCCCAUCAUGAAACAGGCCAGCGCCGUCUGCACGCUCAAAUUCUUCUACAACAUGUAUGGAGAAGACCUCAACGAGUUGAAGGUGGUACUUGCCGAGAGUUCUCUUACCACCGUCUUGUGGUGGCAGUCGGGCGGCGGUGCCGACGCGUGGCAGCUCGGUGAGGUAACAGUGGGUAGAACGCAUCAAGACUUCACUGUCCUUUUUGAAGCCACCCAAGCGUUCGUUAAGCCAGGCCACGUCGCUGUCGAUGACGUUACCUUCGCCAACUGCAGCUUGCCAGACCCACAACCCGUGUGCCCCGAAUAUAUGUUCAGAUGCAAUAACAGCGUGUGUGUGGAGAAGAACAGAGUGUGCGACUUCACAGAUGACUGCGGCGAUUGGACUGAUGAGAGCAACUGUGAGCAACAAGGUGUGACCGAGCGCUGCAGCUUCGAACAAGGCCUGUGCUCUUGGGACGAAAGCCCCUUGGAAGAACCUGGAGCCAGAUGGAUCCGACAAAAUGGUCAAGAUGCUUGGCCUGAAGCUGGACCCCCAAGGGAUCACACCCUCAACAAUGCUGCGGGUAAUUAUAUAACUCCAGGGCCUCACCUCACAGAGACUGGGCAGAUAUUUGAGAUUCUCUCCAAAACAUUACUUCCUAGCAGAAAUUGCACGAUGAGAUUCUUUUACUACAGCAUGCAAGACGCCACAGGGAAACUCUCAGCACAGUCCAGGAUGUUCCGCUCCGGUACCGACGACACGGUCUUGUGGUUCAGGACGACCUCACACAGCUACAACUGGGAGAGGGAAGAUGUCACCUUCACCUCCUCUGUCAAGUGCAAGAUUGUGUUUAGGUACGAGCAAGGCGCUGGUAGCAGAGGACACGUCGCGUUGGACGACGUCUCCUUCUCCGAGGAGUGUACCUUCGACCCUGACAAUAGCCCACUGCCUGACACAUGGCCCACGUCCCCCGCCCCGACCACACCUGCAACCUCCUCUGCACCCCCCAGCCCGUGUCAGGAUAACGAGUUCUUUUGUUGGCGCUCAGCAGGAGAAACGUGUAUUCUUUCCACGUUAAAGUGUGAUUAUCACCUUGACUGUCCCGAGGGGGAGGACGAGGAUGGCUGUGGUCCGUGCACGUUUGAGAGGGACCAAUGCGGCUGGACGGACCUCGGUCAGUCGCAGAGAAUGUGGCGCAGGCAGAAGGCCACCGGCAGCGCUUGGCCUCCUACCGAUCACACCACAUCCACAGGCUUCUACAUGAGCGUCAACUCGAGUCAGGCGUCUGCGCCGAGCGAGGCCCGACUCCAGAACUCCCGUCUCCCGCCCUCAUCGCCCUACUGCCAGAUUAUGUUUCACUUCCACAUCAGCGCCAAGUGCGCUGGCUCACUUCAAGUGCUGACGCGGCACGCCGGUGGAAGUGAAGCAAUCCUGUGGUCACGCAGCCGCCACACCGUCCCCCACUGGAUAGCCGAAUCUCUGCCCCUGGGGCCUCACCUGCAGCCUUACGAGGUUACGUUCAGUAGCUGGAAUAAUGCAACUCGGGGAGACACCGCCACCACGACGGAGGCUUGCGUUGUCGCAGUGGACGACAUCUCCUUUCUGAAUUGCCACCGGUCCUUCCAUCCUCCCGCGCUCUCGGUUUUCGGUUGCACUUUUGAAGAAGGCCUUUGCGCAUGGACCCAGGGGGCCGAUGAACAGCUGGACUGGCUCAGUUGGUCGGGCCCGACGGAUACGCCCAACACGGGGCCUGCGGGCGACCACACGACGGGAAAAGGGAUCUACAUCUACAUCGAGGGCUCCCAUCCAAGCGCAAAGGGUGAUGUUGCCCAGCUCAAGUCUGCACUGCUGCCACCUGCAGUUCAACAGGGGUACUGUCUCGUGUUUUGGUACCACAUGUUUGGAGCCACUGUGGGUUCUUUACGAGUCUUCCUUCUGACAGCCGAAUCGAUGGAGAAAACUCUGGGUGACACAGUGGUCGACUGGUUAGAGCACCUGCCUCACAGUUCUAAGAACUGCGCUGGGAUCGGCUCCAGCACUCCAGCGACCCUGAAGAUUAGCAGCGCAGAAAAUGGCUGGAUGGACGGUGUGCUAGUGGUGUGGCAGAAAUCAGGGAACCAAGGGGAUGAGUGGCGUGCGGCGCAGAGUCACGUGACCCUCCCACGUGUCCACCAGGUGAUCGUGGAGGCCAGUGUGGAAGGCAAAGCGGGAGACAUUGCCAUCGAUGACAUCUCGCUUUUCCCCGGCGCAUGCCCCGCCUCUGAUGAAUGUGAUUUUGAGGAGGGAAGCUGUAACUGGCAACAGCAGAGCGAUGACGAUGACGACUGGAUCCGACAGUCGGGCCCCACCCCGAAUCCCAACACGGGCCCCGAAAACGACCACACCACCAACGCGCCCGUGGGCCACUACUACUACCUGCCCUCCUCCAAUCAGGACAUCUCUGGUCAGACCGCCUCGAUGUUGUCACCUGUUUACCCCCCAGGAAAAGGAGCUUGUGUGCAGAUGUGGUACCACAUGUAUGGCAAGGGCGUCGGCACGCUGAAUGUUUACCAGCAAAGCGAAAACGGGGUACGAGCGCUGAUUUUCUCCCAGGCACGUGACCAACGCAGGCUGUGGAGGUUCGCCCAGGCUGCGCUUCAGCCUUGGCUUCAACCAUAUAGGCUCGUGGUGGAGGGCGUAAAGGCCGGCCCGACCCGGGAGGGCGACAUGGCCUUCGAUGACGUCCGCGUGUCAGAUGCCGAGUGCCCCCCGCGUGACGCCUGCGACUUCGAGCUCAACAUGUGCAGCUGGAGCAACGUGGGCGGAAGAGUGGACCAGAACGACUGGCUCCGAGGCAGGGGAGCCUCCCCGAACCCGAACACGGGACCUGGCGUGGAUCACACCACCAACAUGCCAUACGGUUACUAUCUAUAUGUGGACAGCUCAGUUGGUCAAUGGGGUGACGCCUCCUUCCUCAUCAGUGAUGUGCUCCAACCUUCCACUAGAGGACACUGUCUUACAUUCUGGUACCACAUGUUCGGUCCCGAUGUCGGGAUCCUUCGGGUCUACAUUAAUGACAGAAAAACACACGACAGUGGUAACGAGGAUGGCAUUCAGAAGUGGGUCGAGAUUGGGAACAGAGGAGACAAGUGGCUGAAGGCCAGUGUGUUUGUGGAACACGACAGUGCAUUCUGGUAUGUGUUUGUGUAUCAGAGGGGUGAGCUCGCAGGUGGGGACGUUGCCCUGGAUGACAUCAGCAUCCUCCGCGGACCCUGCUACAGCGAGCCCAUCGUUGACCCCGUCGUAAAUAACACUGAUACGUUGACUGUGGGCCUCGCUGUGGGUCUGACUCUCCUCGCUGGAGUGAUUAUCUUGAUCUUCCUCCUUAGGUUGAACUCGACUCGCUGUGCAAAGGGCAGGUCAUCAGCGACGAGCGACAAUGUUCUCAGUCGGAACUCCGUGUUUGACCUUUUUGACUGCAGAAUAAAGGGCACAGAGCAUGGAAGUGUAUCUGACAUGUCCUUUUUUAACAAUUUGUACAAUGGCGCUGCUUGCGAAACCGACACAACUUCAAGUGCUUAGCAUCAUCAUCCUUUUUUUUUUUUUGUUUUGUUUUGUUUUUGUCCCUAUCAAACAUGUAAAAGAAGAAGAAGUGAAGUUUUAUGAUAAAAGAUGCCAUACUUUUGA